AUGUCGGAUGGGUGGACAGAUACAAGCCAUCGCCAUCUCAUCAACUUUCUUGCCAAUAGUCCAGCAGAGACCUUCCUAGGCUCAGUGAAUGCUUCAAGUGAGGUAGCAGAUGCAAAUAUGUUAGCAGAUUUGUUGGAGAACCAAAUUGACAAAGUUGGGAAAGAAUAUGUAGUGCAGCUAGUCACUGACAAUGGAGCCAAUUUCAAGGCAGCGGGAAGGAUUUUAAUGGAGAGGAUCCCACAUUUGUUUUGGACACCUUGUGCUACACAUUGCUUGAAUUUGAUGUUGCAGGACAUUGGAGAGAUAAAAGAUUUCAACACAGCAAUCAAUUGGGCAAAGAAACUGUCCAGAUUUAUCUACAAGCAUGGAAGGCUUCUUGAUCUUAUGAGGGAUAAGAUAGGUGGAGAUCUUGUAAGGCCAGCUGUGACUCGCUUUGCUACUUCAUAUCUCACAUUGGCAAGUAUGCAUCAGCACAAGAAUGGUCUGAAAACUUUAUUUGUUAGUGAUGAAUGGCAGGCUAACACCUUGUCUAAAACUGCUGAAGGACUGCAAUGUCAAAAAAUUGCCCUUUCAUUGCCAUUUUGGAACAAAGUGGAAAAUUGCCUAAGAGCUUCUCAGCCACUCCUUGUUGCUCUAAGAAUAGCUGAUGGAGAUGAGACACCAGCAGCUCCUGAGAUCAUGGCAGCAAUGGAUAUUGCAAAGAGCUCCAUCAAGGAAUCUCUGAAAGACAAACCUAGUUUACUUAAUGAAGUAAUGGGGUGCUAUGAGAAGAGGUGGGAAAAUCAAAUGGAGCAAAAGUUGUAUGGUGCAGCCCUAUUCUUGAAUCCAGGCAAGUUCUUUGCUAUAAGGGAAAAUGACAGGAGACAAGCUGCAAGGCUAAGGUCCAUGUUCAAUGAUGUUUUCUGGAAGAUGGUCUUGGAUGAUAAUGAACAGACCAAGAUUAGUAAGCAAGCUGAUGAUUACGAAAGGUCUGAAGGUGAUUGCUUCUCAAAGCCAUUAGCAAUAAGAGAUAGAGAUAAAAAGAAUCCUAUUCUUUGGUGGGGAUCAUAUGGUGGCUUAGCAUAUGAGCUCCAAAGUUUAGCAAAAAGAAUCAUAAGUCUUUGCUGUUCAGCAUCUGGAUGUGAGCGUAAUUGGAGCGCAUUUGCUCAUGUCCAUACCAAAAAGAGAAACCGAUUAGAGCACAAAAGGCUGAACAAGUUGGUGUAUGUUAGCUACAACCAGAAGAUGGCAAAUAGAUUUCAAAAAAUUAGAGAACUCGGUUCCAAAGGAAAGAGAUCGAACCCCCUGCUACUUGAAGAGUUUCAAUGGGAGAAUGAAUGGGUUGAUGAAAAUUGUGAACCAGUUCACACAGGAGCAGCAGCUGAUGAUGCUGGCAAUACUUUGACUUGGGCUCAAGUGGAUGUAGCUAGUGAGGCAACUGAAGCUCUACGGGGUCGUGGCUUGCCUAGGGCUGCUGCUGCUCGUGCUGCUGCUACUGUCAGCCAUACUUAUGCUAGGAAGAGGAAGCGUCCAAGGAAGCAGCGAGCUACAGAUAUUGCUGAAGAAGAUGACAGUGAUCAUGAGAUGAUAGAUGCGGCAAAUGACCAGCUUGAUGGAUCUGAUUCAGAAGCAAUAAUGGAUCAAGAUCAGGAGGAUGCAGAUUCUGGAGGAUGUGCAAUAGCUGCGGCCGGAGGCUUCCAAUUGAAUUCUGAUUUGCUUAAUUAG